ACUUCUUCUUCUUCUUCUUCUUCUUCUUCUAUUUUUCAUUUUCCUUUUUUUCUUUCCUUUUUCAUCUUCUUCCUUUCUAAUUCUUCUAAGGAAUUUCACAUCUCUAGCUGGAUACUUACUUUUCUUUCAUCCUUCCUACCUUUCUCAUUUUCUUUAGUUGGCUGCAGUCCUUCCUUCAUAUUCUUUUGUUCUUUCAUCCAUCUCAAGGCUAACAUGGAAACAGCUACUCUGCCUCCGAACAUGAUUGUACCAGAAGUUCUUGAAAAACAUAAUUAUGAAAGGUGGAGCAUUUUAAUAAAACACUACUUAGUGGCUCAAGAUGUUUGGGAUGUUGUUGAUCGAAGCCUGACGACUGAACAAAGAAAUGAGAGGGUGUGGAUUAAAAAGAAUGCUCUAGCUCUACAUGCCAUUAAGAUUUCAUGUGGAGCAAAGGCGUUUGAUCUAAUAAAGAACAUAGAGUCAGCCAGAGAUGCUUGGAAGGCAUUACGCGAUAUGCCGAAAGUCCAAAUCUAUUAUGACAUCCCCAGGCGCCACGAAUUUGUCCCUCCGGACAUGGGCACGCCUGAGGAAAUAGAGAGAGAGACUGCUGAACAGUUAACUUUUUUGAGGCCCUGGCUUAGAUCUAGCUAAUGUUUUGUGUUUAUUAAUUUUCGGAGCUUAGAUUGGUUUUUCUGAUUUUAAAUCUUGCAGCAGUCUUGGGCUUAAUUAGUUAUGAUGUUGAUUCAAGUCGUGUGUGAAGAAAAGUUAAACACAGUG